ACAGCACCACCGUGUAUUUCACACCACGUGUUCAUCCUGGGAAGGUGUUACAGAUCUGGAUGACACAUGCACCUGCCUAACUAUGUAUGAUGCAGUUUAGAAACGGAGAUGCUGUCAGACCGCCUCUAUAACCAAUCGUGAUGAAGUCACCCAAACCAACCUCAGGCGUUGCACCGUCUAAUGACAUUUAGGGAAGACGUCAAUGUUGUUCAAAAACCCCACUGGUGCCCGAUGGUAAUUACAAAAAACGCCCCACAACAACAGCGGAACCACCAAAAAAACCCACAAACCGCUAUAGGAAUAUUAAAGGGGGAUUCCUCACUUCCACUUCCCCGAAACUACGAGCAUUUUUACACUUUAUUUCGAAAAUGAAACUGGCCGCACGUUUCACCGCGUGUGGCACGUAGGCUCGUGCGUUAAAGUAGCCCGCGCGGGCCAUGUCAGUGCUCUUUAUGACAGUAGAAUCCUGCUGUUAUUAUUAUUAUUAUUAUUAUUAUUAUUAUUAUUAUGUGUAAAGACAGAACAGAACUGGGAAAACGUUUAUAUCUGCUUUUAAAUCGAAAUUCUAUAAUAGAUUAUUAAUGUAGGAAGGAACAGAGUGGCCGUGGACUCAAUCCGGACUCGGGGUGGUUUCUGCUACUGAAUCCAGGGGCGCGUGCCAGAAAUGGACGAACUGCGCAUGCGCAACGCCUGCCGUCCUUCCCGUUCAAGACCCGCCCCGGGUCCUCGCCAAUGAAAGCACGAGGGCUUGACCGUGGCCCAGACAAACGGAGCAUCCGCGAGCGGCCGAGACCGACCGAGACCGAGCUGAGUGCGACCUUACACGCGACGACCGAGUCCCAGGAGGCUCGGGGGCAGUAGUUACGCCACCGGGAGAGCGAGCUCAAGAGAGUGGGGGAGGAGAGCGCACGAGUCUGACAGCGGAUCAGCGCGCGGUAUCGCUCGUGUCAGCGCCAUCAACGCCGGGACCUGCACGACGGUCGGAGCUGAAGUGGAGGAGCUGCACUGGUCUGGUAACUGGUCUGCACUGCGGACGCCGGUUCAGUGGCGGAGUUGUUGCACCGGGGACCCGCUUUUCAACAUCGGGCCAUGGCGCACGAGCUCGUCGGAAUCCCGUUGUAGGUGUGAUUUACGUCCGUCGUUAUGGAUCGAGAGGAGCCGGUCCAGGACGCUGCGGACCUGCCCUUGCACGGACCUCACGGGCCCAGCAGGAUCCGGCCGUCGUCGUACCGGGCGCUGCGGAGCGCCGUGUCGAGUCUGGCGCGGAUCGACGACUUUUUCUGUGAGAAGAUCGGCUCAGGUUUCUUCUCGGAGGUUUUUAAGGUUCAGCACAGGAUCACGGGUCAAGUAAUGGCUCUGAAGAUGAACACGCUGGCCAGCAACAAAGCCAACAUGCUGAGAGAAGUCCAGCUAAUGAACCGGCUCUGUCACCCCAACAUUCUCAGGUUUUUGGGGGUGUGUGUCCACAAGGGGCAGCUCCACGCUCUGACUGAGUACAUCAAUGGGGGCAAUCUGGAACAGCUGCUGGACAGUGACAUCCACCUGUCAUGGUUAGUGCGGAUUGACCUGUCUCUGGACAUAGCACGUGGGCUACAGUACCUCCACAGCAAGGGUAUCUUCCACCGAGACCUGACCUCAAAGAACUGUCUCGUGCGCUGUGAGAAUGGUGCUUUCACGGCUGUGGUCGGAGAUUUUGGUCUGUCUGAGAAAAUCCCUGAUUAUAGUGAUGGUGUGGAGAAGCAGCCCCUAGCUGUGGUGGGCUCCCCCUACUGGAUGGCUCCGGAAGUACUAAGGGGAGAGCUUUACAAUGAGAAGGUGGAUGUUUUUGCGUAUGGCAUCAUUCUGUGCGAGAUCAUUGCGCGUAUCGAGGCUGACCCAGAUGUGCUGCCGCGAACAGAGGACUUUGGUCUGGAUGUGGAAGCAUUUGAGCACAUGGUCGGAGACUGUCCACCAGAGUUUCUCACCCUGGCUGUCAACUGCAGCAAUAUGUGUGCAGAGAGUCGUCCUUCUUUCUCGGACAUUGUUGUCACCUUGGAGGCGAUGGACAGAGAGCGGGAGAAGACUGAGGUUCCCGUGUUUCUAGAACCCGUCGCCGUUGACGAGAGCCCAUACCGGAGGAGGAGUUCCCCGUGUUACCCGGGCGACCAGCGUCUGUCGCGGAGCCAGUCGGACAUGCUGCCCCCAGCCCUGUCUCCGUGCCUGGGCACGCCGGUGCGCAUCAACCCCUUCUCCCUUCGCCAGGAUCUGAACGGCGGCCGUAUCAAGCUCUUCGACACGCCCAGCAAAUCGGUCAUCUCUCUCACCUUCACCCUGCCCCCGCCCCCUGACCCGUGCACCUCUCCGCCGCUGGGCGGGGCCCCCACGCGCCGCGGGCCCCCCCGUAGGUGCCAGUCCCUGCCCUGUACCCCUGAGCUGGCGAGGUCACUCCGCGAGUCGGACACCCAGAGCGUGGAGGAGAGGGAGCGAGAGAUGAAGGCUAGAGAGAGAGGUGGCAGGAAAGGGGAGGUGGACCUGAUGGAUGGCUUAGCCCUGGAUCUAGGGGUGGUGUCUCUGGAGCGGGUGGAGGAGGAGGGUGAGGGCCUGUGGCGCUCCGAACCCAUGGACUGCAGUAGCUCUCCUGACACAAUUGAGGGUGCGAACAGUACCACAGGAAGACCCCUCCUCUGCAGUUCUUCAUCCUCCUCUUCCUGUCGGCAGUCCAACAGCUGGGUGACGCCCAUUUCAAACGGACCCCCAUCGCUGCCGCCCAUCCCCCGCCUGGACAACAACAACGGUCUGCUAGGAGCCGGGCGCCCGUUGCCAUGGGUGCGGCUCGACGGUUACCUCAAGCACCAUGCCCAAGAGCGCUUGGCACGUCCUGCUGUGCAGGACGAGGUCAUUUCCUGUCCGGGAUGCUGCCUGGUGGGAUUCAGCUUCCCGUCAGUGUGCCUGCGUGGAGCCCUGCCCCCUAGGCAUGGCCCACUGCCACGCCCAUACAGGAAUCUCAAUGGUAGAGAGCCAGCAGCUGCCACGGCAGGCAAUGGAAUGCUUUGUCGAGGAGUAAAGGGUCUGGCUCCGCCCACAGCGCCCUGCGAGCCAGCGUUGCCCCUCCCAGAGGCGCAGACAUAGGCAGACAUAGGCAGACAUAGGCAGACAUAGGCCCCUGUCGGGGUUGCCAUGUAACAGGCUGCAUGUCAGCUUGUGCCAAUCACGGCUGUGGGAAAAUUACUGGUGACAUUACAUGGUGAAGUGUGAAGAAGGCAUGGAUGGCAAGGAGUGUGUGUGUGUGUGUGCAGUGUUGGAACUCUUUGCAGGGUUUGUCUUGAUGCUGCACUGUGAUAUUUGAGUUUAUAUGAAUGUAAACUAGUUGUUUGUGAGGAAUUUGAAGGUGCUAUUGAGACAACAAUCCUUCAACUUUAAAAGCCACUGUGCUUUAAAAAAAAAGCUCUCAAAUGGUGUGUGUGUGUGUGUGUGUGUGUGUGUGAGUGAGAGAGAGAGAGAUAGUGAUCCCACGAUAUUAGUUCAAGCUUUAUUUUGAUAAUCACUCCUUUGAAAUUGGGGGAAAGACCUGUGUGUGUGUGUGUGUGUGUGUGUGUGUGUGUAUGUGUGUGUGUACGUUUGGGAAUGUGUGUUCUUUGUUAAUGAUCCAAAUUCCAAAAUAAAUCAGAGUGCAUUCUGAUCAGCUCACAGCGUCUGAGAAUGAUGGGAAUGUGUGUGUGUGUGUGUGCGCGCGCAUGUUUUUAUGUGUCUGUGGGGGGGUUGAGUUUAGAAGCAAUGUGUGCAAUAAGCUAUGGCUGAGACAAACUCCACUUUUUUAAUGGGUCAUGCACCAUUUUUAGUACAAUAGGGAAAAUUGGUUUUACUUGUAUUGUGUAAUUUUUCAGUAUCUCCCUCUAGUGGUAGGAAGGGAUUCUUACUGGCCAGGUUAUUGCUGCUUAAAAAAGUACUGCAGUUGUGUCCAGGUAUUUUCAAAUGGCAAACGGUAAGUCAAACAGAUCACACAGGAUGGAGAUGGUCCCUGAAUUGUGUAAAAAAAAAAAAAAAAAGUUGACGGGUGCAGGACUGAAAUAGCUAGCAUUUACCUGAUGCUUUUUAUCCAAAGUGACUUACAAUUCUGACUGAACACAACUUGAGCAAUUGAAGGUUAAGGGU